AUGUCCCACAGAACGUUAGAUGAUAGUGAACAUAAUCGGCUUGCAGACAGUGACCAGCAACACUGCAAUGGAUCUGGUUUAAGGAACAUUGUUAUUCACUUGGGUGGUGACAAACCGACCUCAGUUUACGUUUCGAUAUGUCCAUUCUUUGCAAACGAUCAGAACCCUUCGCGAGAGAACGUGUUCGUCAAGCAAAAUGACGUUUCCUACUGGAAGUUUGAAUAUGCGCUUUCUAGCAGUGUGGUCACUCGUCGACACAUAUGA